AUGUCCCGGUUCCCCCAGGGGGGUGACAGUGAGGAGCUGGAGGAGGGAUCCCCGGCACACGAGGGAUCCCCGGCACACGAGGGGUCCCCGGCACACGGGGGGCGCUGGGACCCGCGGCAGGAGCCGGCGGAGGAGGACGAGGAGCGGGGCAGCUCCGGGGGGGACGAGGGGCGCUGGGGGGCAGAGAGCGAUGGGGAGCCCGACCCCGAGCUGUCCGCUGAGGGCUGCUGGGGCUCGGCCUCCAGCGGCAGCCCCGGGGCGCUGGAGGACGGCCGGGCUCUCUGCCAGCCCCGGGGCUGCAGCACGGACGGGGGGGACACCUCGGGGCUCUCGGACACCAGCCCCGGCCCUGCCAGCCCGUCCCGCCAGCACCGCGGCUGGGGCACGGCCGGGGACACCAUCGGGGGGCACAGGCAGGAGUGGAGACCGAGCCCGAGCCUCGCCCUGCGCCUCUCCCCCGACGGCCCCAGCCCCGAGCGCGUCCCCGAGCCCCCGACAGCCGGCACAGGGAUGCCAGAGCCCGGCACCGCUGCCUUGGCACCCACCGGGCAGCCCCAGGGCGCUGGGGGUCCCCCGGCACCCCAAGGGCACGGCAGAUCCCGAGUGCCCAAGAAAGCAGCGCCAGCGGCGGUGCCCCCCAAGCCCGCCCGGCAGUCACGGUCCCUGAGCCCCCGGAGGCGAACGGGCGGCAAGGGAACCCGGGAUCCCUCGGGAACGGGCACCGAGGGCACCCAGUACGGCCGAGGGCGCCUCAACCACCCCCUGCCCGACCUCUCCAAGGUGGAGGCGCGGGUCAAGUUCGACCAGAGCUACCGCCCACCCCGGGGCCGGGUGCUGCCCGCCCGCCCCCGCGGCCCCGGCCGCCCCAUCGGCUUCAAAUCGCCGGCAGAAAUCGUGCGGGAGGUGCUGCUGAGCAGCGGGGAGGGGGCGUCCCCGCAGCCCCCCAGCGCCGGGCUGCCGCAGGAGCUCAGGUCCCCCAGACAAGCCACGGCGCUGGUGCAGCAGCUCCAGGACGAUUACCACAAGCUGCUGACCAAGUACGCCGAGGCUGAGAACACCAUCGACCAGCUGCGCCUGGGCGCCAGGGUGAGCCUGUUCUCCGACCCGCCGCAGCCCAGCCGCAGCCUCGCCGUGGGCACCGUGGCCAGCGGGAGCCGAGUGAUGACCUUCAGCAUCCCGCAGGCACGGACCGCGGCGCUGGGCAUGGCCGCAGCCCCGGCCUCGCCAGGGACAGCUGCAGCCCCCGGACCGUCAGAGCGGGGGGGUUCACCCCAACCUCGGACCCCUCCUGUGCCCGGGGGGAGCUGCCCCACCUGCCCCACCUGCCCCGGGCCGUGCUGCUGCCCCGGCCCCCGGCUCACCCGGGCACUGGCGGGGCAGAGCCGCAGGCUGCAGGCACAGGUGGAAUCCUUCGAAGGCUGGAUGCGUGCAGAGGCCCCCACACCCUCGGAACAGCUCCAGAGGAUGAGGAUGCUGAAGGACGCGCAGGAUGCGCUGGAGCGGGAAUACCUGCGCUGCCGGCAGCAGCUCCCGGAGCCUGCGGGGGGGUUUGAUCCUGAGCGGGCAGUGGAAGGGGAGAUUUACCGCCUGGGGCUGCUCCUGGAGGGGCUGAAGGAGCGGCUGGAGCCGGGGGGCAGGCGGCAGCCCCUUCCUCAGCCCCUCCCGCAGCCCCUCCCUCAGCCACCCUCGCAGCCCCGCUGCCCCCCAGCCCCGUCCCCACCGCCGGCCGCCCACUCCCCGCACCCCGAGAGCCCUGCGCUGGUGGAGGGUCAUCGGGGGACAGCAGGGGACGGUGAGGGGGUGCCCGAGGGGCUGCCCUGGCCCCUCUGGCACAGGCAGCACCAAGUGGAGGAGGAUUUCGGGGACCUGCUGGAGCAGUACAAGCACUUCAAGUCCUUGCCGGAGUCGCUGAGCCUGGAGCAGCUGAGCCUGGCGGAGAGCGGCUCCCGGGAGGAGGUGGAUGCACCCAGCACAAGGGACAGUGGCCCCAGCAGGGUCCCCUGCAGGACACGGUCACUCGAGGAGGGGCCCAGCCUGGAGACCUUGUCCCUACACCUCCCGCAGAGAAGAGCUGCGACGCUUCCCCCCAGAGUACCCCCAAACCUGGGGGACACACGGGGCCACCCCUCCCCUGCCGCUGCUGAGGAGCCGCCAGCCUCUGCCGAGCCCCCAUUGCAGGUCCCUGGGCCACCGCGGGUGCCCGUGUCCCUCGGCAGCGCUGGGACAGGCAGCAAGGAGCAGCGCAUCGUGUCCCCAGAGACCGACAGCGGCUUCGUGGGCUCGGAGGCCAGCAGGGUGUCCCCGCCCGUGCACACCCCCGAGCGCCAUCCCCCCGGCCCGGGGGCUCCGGGCUCGCUGGGACCGUCCAUCGCCAUCCCCAGCGCCCUCCGUGCCCCGCGGAGGAGAGACACGGCCCCGCUUCCCUCCGAGACAGCGCUGAUGGGCAUCUACCGGCCGGGGGGCGCAGGGGGGCCCCGGCUGCCCCCCAGCAGCCCCUCCCGGAGCAGCUCGCCCCCUCGCUGGGCCGAGAGCGCGAGCAGCGAGGUGGGGCCGGACCCCGACGGGGAUGGCACUCGCACGGACUCGGAGGUGGGAGACAGGAGCUGUGCCAGCGCCGGUGGCCACCCCCCGGCCAUGGCCAGGAGCCCAAGCAGCCCCCUGCCGUCCCCCGAAACGCCAUCCCCCACCCUGCUGUCCCCCGACCUGCCGUCCCUGGACCCGGCCCGCUGUGACCUGCUGGGCUCCCGCCUGGAGCGCGACCAGGCCAUCCGGGCGCUGCAGGACGAGGUGCGGCGGCUGCGGCGGCGGCUGGAGGAGAGCCUGCGCCGCUCCCGCAGCUAUCCCGGGGGAAAAGCCGCUCCCCGCCUCACCCCGGGCAGGACGCAGCCGGUGACCAGCGGGCCACUGUCCCCCCGGGACGCAGCACCCUCGGGGGACCCGAGCCCCCCGGUGCGGGGCAGGGGGGCCCCCGGGGUGACACCCCCGCGGAGGGAGAGGUCGGCAUCGCUGCCCCGGCGCAGGGAGGAGCCGGACCUCGGUCUGGAGCUCGGUGCCCGCGGGUCCCAGCCCGACUCCCUGUCCUCCGCCGCAGCCUCCGAGUCAGAGCUGUCCCCCGGCGGGCCCCGGGCGCCCCCCGCCCUGCGGAAGCCCCUUGGGAAGCCCCCGGGGGCGGUGACAUUUCGGGGACAGUACACAGGGACGCGGUACCAGGCGGGCACACCACGGGCCACCCCCGCACCCCGGGAGGCGCCGGGCACCUCGGGGUGUCCCCGAUGUCACAGGGACAGGAUGGCUUCAGCUGCCCCGCGGCAGCCCCAGCACAGCACCCCCGGGAGAACGUCCUGCCCCACCUGCAGGGCACCCACGGGCCCCUCUGCGCCGGGCAGCAGGGACAGAGCCACGCACGCAGAGCAUGGCCCUGGUGGCUCCUGUCCCCCAGCAGCAGAGAAGCCAGAGCCACCCGGGAUUUGGUACUUGGCAGCCACCCCUGCUGCCACCACUGCCACCGUCUGCCUGGCGCCCGUCCCCCUCGUGCCUUACGUGCCCUCCGUGCUCUACUGCUCCCCAGCAGCUCCUACCUCAGCCGGGGUCCCCCCGGGUGUCCCCGCGGGGUCCCAGCAGGCAGAGCCUCCCCCCCGGCCCCAGGGCCACCGCUGCUGCCUGAGCCUGGACCUGGAGGAGCUGGAGGAGCUGAACUGGUCCCUGGGCCGGGCUGUGGAGGCUGCCCAGAGCGUGAGGCUGAGCACAGCCCGCAUGAGCCGGGCUCUGGCCGCAGAGCUGGGCCGGCCCCGGGGCCCGCGGGGCUCCUGCCUCUUCUGAGGGACCUGUGGCACCCCAAACCUGCAGCUGGCAC